CUUUUUUCCCCUCCCUUUUAACUAAUUUUUUUUUUUUAAAUGGUGACAAACAAAGCACUUGUGAUUGCAAAGGAUAUUGAUAUCGCUCGAUGUAAAGGCAAUUGGCAAGCUUUACCUGAACUUGCUAGAAGAUAUAAAAAGCAUAAUCCCCCUGGCAUCGUGCUGGAGCAAUCCAUUCUAGCAGAAGUGGCACUCAAUCAAAUCCUGGUUUCUCAUCGACUCGAGCCUAAACACGCCUUCCUCAGGGAUUCGCCUCACCACGUCACUUUGCCAAAACGUCUGGAUCUCGCACUUAUGAAACAGGUACAGCAUCAAUUGGCCAUUGCUUUGGGGGAUAAGGAUACAUCGUCCGAUACGGUUCAAAUGAAGCAAAUUGCAAGAGUCAUUUUGGCUCAAACUUGGUUUGAAUGUGGAGAAUAUAGAAAUACACUAGAUACUUUACAAGAGGUCGAAUUAAACACGAAUUACAGCUUUAUUGUUCAAAUACAAGCAUUGGCCAUGAAAGCCAUGUCGUUCGAGUUAUUAGAGAUGAAGGAUAAAGCGUUGGAUGCAUAUGCAGAUAUGGUCUCGUUCAUCAAUAGUCCAUUGGAUCGUAACUUGAUGAACGAGCGUCUAUUGGUAGAAUGGGCUGAGGAUGGGCUUUAUAGAGGAACUCUUUAUGCAUUAAAUGAAGGUCAUCUCACUACAUCGCAUACCAUGGAUUUAAUUAGAGCGUAUCAAAAGACAUGUAGUUCUCAAUUGAACAAUUGGCGUGUUUAUAAACGUUUGGUUGUCACACGGAAUUCUUUAACCUUUUUAUCGAGUAUUUACAGAGGAGGGGAUUACUUGCCACCAGUGGAUUAUCGCUUGACCGAAGAAGGAAAGCAAAUGAGCGAAGCUGAUUUCCCAGAAGCAUGUCAAGCAUAUCAUCAUCAGUUAUUCAGUAUCGAGAUUAUGCAGUUACAUACAGUCUAUGAAAAAUUAGUGUAUUCUAUUGCUCAUUUUCCAAAAUCAGGACAAAUGAACGCAUUGGUUCUUGAUUUUGUAGACCAAUUGGCAGCUGAUUUUGCUUUGGUAGGAGGUACCGAGACCGAGAAACGUGGCUAUGUGGAAGCCUUGAAUAGAGCUUCGUUAAGGACGUUCAAUUCUCCUUGUGUGACACGACAUUUAUUUCAUGCAUUGGUGAAUUUAGGUGAUUAUGAAGAAGCAGAACAUGCAUUACGUAUCUACCUUUAUUUGAUCGGUCUCGAAUCUCCCGCUUUGUUGGAUUCGAGAAUAGCUCCUUUAGCCUCCGAUGUCUUUGGAGCUCCCUUAGUGCCGGAUGAAAUUGAAGAAUUAGCAGUAGCCGAAGCAAGUGUCAAAAUAGAUGACCCGCAACAACGUGAGGAAAUUGUGGCGGACAAGAUCAAUGUUUUAUCGGUUGCUGUGCAAAUGUAUUGUAACGAGCUGGGAAGAGGUGUAGAUGCAGUAACGGUGGCCGAGUUGGCUUAUGGUGUGUAUAAGCUUGAUCAUGGGGCGGUUUUGGGAGCUCAAGUGCAGCGUAUCUUGGGUAUCGCUUACGGGUUUUUGGCUAGUCAAACGUUCGAUCCAAAGCGUCGACCUUUGUUGCAUGAAAAAGCACUCGCUGCGUUACGUCAAUCGCUCGAAUUGGAUGAUAGUCGAUGGGAAACUCACUAUCAGUUAGCACUUCAAUUAGCGGAAAUGAGAGAUAUUUCAAAUGCUAUCCCGAUGGUCUCAAAAUCAUUACAAAUGAACUCGAAUCAUUUACCUUCAUGGCAUCUGUUGGCAUUAUUAUGUACCUGUCCUGUUAAAGAAAGUGAUAGUCAAGCACUCAAAACAUGCGAAUUAGCACUGAACGAAAGUCAGUUAUACGAAAACUGGGUAGAUUACAGCGAAGAUAUUGCACAACAUGUACUUUUACAAAUGACCCAAACGUUACUGGUGGAACGUGUACAUGGUGCAGAGGAGGCGUUGGUAGCACAAUCUUCGCUGUUCCAAACAUUUGGUAAGAUUGUUGUGCCCGAGUUAAUUCCGGAUGUGAGCUCCAAUAUGUUGCAUGAGUCGAUAUCACAAGGGAAUGCAAGGUAUGGUAUGGUCUUGUCCGGUUCUCUGGGUCAUAUCGAACCCUCGUAUUCUUCUUCCUCUACAGAGAAACAACAAGGGACACGCGGAAGAAGUGCGAGUAAUGCAAGUACAUUUACUACACGAUCGGCAUCUUCCUUUACAGGACGUAAACUUCAUUUGGCCGAUAUGUUUAAUCCAGAAACAUCCAGUGUUAAAUCAGUCAACAAGAACAAAUAUUUGGAUCCUAAAGGUCUCAUGCGUUUAAAAAACACAGAAGAACUUGGUACAACAACAACGGGAUCUCUAACUUCGCUUCAUAGUACAACAUCAAGCACACAAACUUUAUUGGCCAAUAUGUCAUCCUUAACACGCCCAACAACGCUAGCAAAGUUACAACACCAGCGAUCGUGCAAAAUGUUAUGUGAUUUAUGGCUAUUGUCAGCCGAGGGAUUUUUAAAGCAAGGUAAAUUAGAAGAGGCAUCAAAGGCCGUGAGUGAAGGAGAGAAUGUGGACUGGAGCACACACGCGGGAGUAUGGUGUUUAUUAGGACGCAUCCGGAUCGCACAAAAGCAGCCUCAAAAAGCAAUUGCAGCGUUUGAGAAGGGACUUGUGACAAAACCAAAUGAUGUGGAGUGUCGUGUUUGGCUUGCCAAGACAUACAUGGAUUUAAAGCAUUUGGAUAUUGCACAAGGUAUUUUGGAAUCUGUGACUCAAGGCAAUGGAUGGGAUAAUCCAUCGGCAUGGUUUUAUCUUGGCGAAAUUUAUAGACAAACAGAACGUCCGGGUAGGACGAAGGAGUGCUUCUUUUAUGCUUUGGAAUUGGAAAGUACUAGACCUAUACAACCAUUUACUAUUUUGCCCCGAUUUGUGUAGAGAAGGGGUAAAUUACUCAUCUAUUAUUUAUUUAUUAUUAUUAAAAAAAAAGCACACAAAAAAAUAAGAGAGAGAGAGAUGGUUGGUGUAACGAAAAGAUUAGAAAAAUAGAAAGACCAUGAAAAAACGAUCUGUUUUUGGUUUUUAAAAGUGCCGUUUGUAAGACAUUAACAAAGCGCUUCGUCAUGAAAAUAUAGGUAACACACUGGAGAUUGUAAACUUGGU